GAACAAUAAAGUACUUCGUUAAUAUUCAUUCUUAACUAACUACAAAACAGUACAGAGUAUUUUUUGAAAAAAGAAUUACCCUAGCGAGAGCUGAGGGGCAGGUUUUCGUCGGCUUUGCGCGGCGCUGGAGAUCCGACAUCUGUUUGGCGUCGAGGAGAGGCUCGAUUGUCUGUGGUGGCUGAGCGAUGGACGAAGAGGAGGAAGGACAUCGCAGGGAAGACGAAGAUCGAAGAGCAGAGAGGAUCCAGGUGAACGAGCAGGUAGGCAGUCUCAUCAACAAAUAUGGCAGUCUGGGGAUCGGCAGGAUGGACGAGGUGCUGCUAAUUGAGGACGAGGAGGAAGGGGAAACAACGGCAGGGGCAGGGAAGAAGGAUUACCCGGUGGUUGGGAUGAUUCUCACGGACAAAGUCAUCCCAUUCCCUUUUUCGGAAUUUUAUGGCUGAUUUGUGGCACCCGGGCAAAGGAAUCACCAUACAAGAACUUGGAGAAAGGAGAGAAGUUUUGUUCCCUGCUGUACGAGAAGGAAGGAAAAAUUAUGACUAAACCAUUUGGGUCGUGGCUUAGAGCGAGUGGAAGGAAGGCGAAACAAACGUUGGACAGUAAAUGGCUGUUAGCGGAAGGAAGUUCCUUCGGCGGUGACAAGCACUGGUCAAGUAUGGUGAGACCAGGUCAGGAGGUGGUCUCGGAUGAGAUGGGAGAGAGCCCUAAGGCGGGAGGGGGAAAUGGUUUGUUUUCAGGUGAGCUUGAAGAGGAAGGACUGACAGGAGAGCUGAAGAGGAGACGUACGUGGAAGAACCAGGCAAGCGAGGAUGCCGAGAAGGAUGAUAUGGCUCUGGAUUUUCCAAAAAAAAAACGGGGAUGGGGCGGGCGCGGGUCUCCAACCCCGCCAGAGGACCUGAUGCUGAUUACAACCUUUCUAGCUGAAGAACUUUUCUAUUGUAGUUAUUUUGUUUUAUUUAUUUUCCACGUUCUGGAUGUUGUUUUUGCUUUGACUGUGCUGCGUUUUUCCAAUGAGAAUAAUUUGGAAACUAAAACAGG